AUGAGAAGGCGUGGAAAGAAGGUAUUUGCAAGAUUGUGUGGUGGUAUCCGUGGUGGUGACGACGACGAGGACGAAGAAGACACCUUUCCUGAGAGCCAAAGGAGGGAUCACAUUGCGGAGUUUGAUUAUGAAGGAAGCCAAUACAGCCUCGCCGGUCUUCCGCUUCCCUCGCUCGGCUCCACUUCCCACAGACUCAAGCUCCGUCCUUACAUUGUUUCUCCCUUCAACCACCAUUACAGACUUUGGCAGACAUUUCUGGUGUUCUUGGUGUUCUACAAUGCAUGGGUUUGUCCAUUUGAAUUUGCAUUCCUUAACCAAAAAAUGGUCGCAAUCUUCAUAGCUGACAAUGUUGUCAAUGGAUUCUUUGCUGUUGACAUUGUUCUCACCUUCUUUGUUGCAUACCUAGACAAGACUACCUAUUUGCUAGUUGAUGAUAAAAGCCUAAUUGCUUUGAGAUAUGCAAAAUCAUGGUUGGCUUUAGAUGUCAUCUCCACUAUCCCCUCUGAAGUUGCUCAUAGGUUUUUGCCCGCUGCCCUGAAAAAAUAUGCUUACUUCAACAUGCUUCGCCUUUGGCGUCUUCGCCGAGUCAGUGCCUUGUUUGCAAGAUUAGAGAAGGACAGGCAUUAUAAUUACUUCUGGGUUCGCUGCUCAAAACUGAUCUGUGUUACAUUAUUCGCAGCUCAUUUUGCUGCUUGCAUUUUCCAUUUUAUCACUCUGAAUCGUGAAAACGGACAAACAUGGCUUUCGCUUCUUCCGGAAGUCGAUGAUCAUAGUGUCACAUCCCUCUAUAUAGCAUCAAUUUACUGGUCCAUAUCAACUCUUACAACGGUUGGUUAUGGAGAUCUACAUCCUACGAACACAAGGGAGACUCUUUUUGAUACUUUCUAUAUGCUCUUCAAUCUUGGGCUAACUGCAUAUCUCAUAGGUAACAUGACAAAUUUGGUCGUCCAUGGGACAAGCAGAACUAGGAAAUAUAGAGACACAAUUCAAGCUGUGACAAGUUUUGCCAAACGGAAUAAAUUGCCUGUUCUCAUGCAAGAACAGAUGAUUGCACAUUUGCAUAUGAAGUACAGAACUGAUAUAGAAGGGCUGCAGCAGCAAGAGAUUAUCGAAUUACUCCCGAAAGCUAUUCGUUCUAGCAUCUCUCAUUACCUAUUCUAUGAAAUUUUGGAGGAUAUCUACUUGUUUAAUGGGGUGUCACAUGAUCUGCUUUUUCAACUGGUCUCAGAGAUGAAGCCCGAGUAUUUUCCUCCAAAGGAAGAUGUGAUUUUGCAGAAUGAAGCACCAACAGACUUCUAUGUAUUGGUCACUGGUGCUGUGGAAGUUAUUCUCAAAGGACAGAAUAGAACUGAACAGGUAGUUGGUGAGAUAAAGGCAGGAGAAUUAGUUGGAGAAGUCGGAGUUUUAUGUUACAGGCCCCAGAUGUUUACAGUUCGGACCAAACGAUUGUGCCAACUUCUGCGCUUGAGCCGGACUACAUUUAUAAAUCUUGCUCACUCCAAUGUUGGAGAUGGGACAAUUAUGAUGAACAAUUUUCUCAAGCAUUUGCAUGAAUCCCAGGCACCAGGGAUGGAUAUAAUUUUCCGAGAGACAGAGGCCAUGCUGGCACGUGGUAAAUUGGAUUUGCCUAUCAGCACAUGCUUUGCAGUAAACCGAAAUGAUGAUAUAUUGUUGCAACGGCUGCUGAAGAAGGGUAUGGAUCCAAAUGAAGGCGACCCAGAUGGAAGGACACCGCUGCAUAUUGCAGCUUCUAAAGGCAAUGAGAAGUGUAUAUCUGUGCUUCUGGAAUAUGAUGCUGAUCCCAACAUCAGAGAUAAGGAAGGAAAUCUUCCACUGUUUGAAGCACUUAUAAGUGGUAACGACUCCAUUGUGAAACUCCUUCUGGAGCAUGGUGCAGUAUUAGAACCUGCCGAUGCAGGCCACCUGGCAUGCAUUGCUGUUGAGAAAAAUAGCAUGGAACUGCUCAAAAGAAUUUGUCAAUAUGGUUGGGAUGUGACACAACCCACACACAAUGGAACCACUGCUCUUCACACUGCAGUGUGUGAAGGAAACCUCCAAAUGACAAAGUUCCUUGUCGAAAAAGGAGCCAACAUUGAUCUGCAAGACGCUACCGCUAUUCCACCAUCAAAUCGCAAGCACUUGCCUAACCUUGGAAGGUACCAAAGUGAACCAACUAUGCGUAGUAUUCCCCAAACAAACAUUGGACAGUUCCGCUCGCCACGCAAUCCAGAAGAUAUGUUCUUUGACAAUACUAAAAGAAGAAGAAACAACAAUUUUAACAAUUCCAUUUUUGGGAUGAUGUCGGCAGCUAACCAUAAUCAAAGAGAGCGUGAGGCAUCCAAAAAAUUUAACAAUAAUAGGUGGAACAAGGAUGACUUUGUUGGCAGAGUGACAUUAAGUUGUCCUGAAAAGGGUGAACAUGCUGGAAAGCUUGUUAUGCUGCCAAAUACCAUUCAGGAACUGCUAGAUAUUGGAGCUAAAACGUUUGACUUUACUGCUGUCAAAAUUUUGACCAAAGAAGGAGCUGAAGUGGAUGAUAUAAAUCUUAUAAGAGAUGGUGAUCAUCUUAUUAUUGCACAUACAUGAAGAGGAAGCUAAUUUUGCUAACAAAUCAUUCUUUUUAGUAGGGAUUCAUCAUUUUAAAAUAAAAAAUGCUAUCUACACAAUAAAAA